AUGGUUCCUUAUUUUGGAAGUUUACCAACGACGUUGCUGCGAAGUCCUCAAAGUUGGAUUGGAACAAAGGUUAUUUCAACGCACGCUCACUAUUCGGCCAGUGAUGAGCAAAAGUACGAGUUUGCUUUGGAAGUAGCUGCAGGAAUUCUUGAUGAACCUUCAAUGGAUAUCCUGAAGCUCUCACUUUCCUACAGAAUGUUUUCCCCUGCUGUUCAUCUCUUUCAACAGGUGCGUCAUAAGCCUUUAAUUGCUUCCGAUUACUCUGUGGAUUGUGCGGCUUUCUUCGACGUGCAUGGUACAACUGGGUGCACCUCAAAAGGAUUGGAAGAUGCCGUAAAUUCUGCUUCACAAAGGUGGGCAUAUUUUCUGUACGAAAUGUUGAUGGAAAAAUUAAGUGCAAGUAAGGAACGCUCAGUUUCCAUGCCAUUUUCUGCUUCCUUAUCGAGUUGUCUUUUGCUCGAAAAAAUUGAGCCAAAUUGUCUCAGGGAUGUACCAGAACUGCUAUCCACCGAUCACGUCAAUGGAAAAGAUUCGUCGCCAAAAACAGUUGUCAUCAUAUACGGCGACAUUGGUUCCCAAGACUGGUUGCAAUUGCACAAUAAAGCUCUUGAACUGUCAGCAUCUAAUAAGGCACAGUACGUGCUGCGGCAUUUCCAGAAAAACACGAUAAGUGCACGUUCCGUAUCGCUGUCGGGAUAUGGUGUCGAACUUGCUAUCAAAAACACUGAAUAUAAGGCUGUAGAUGACAGUAAUGUGAAGAAAGAGGAAGCGGAGGAGACCAGUCUCCAUGGUUUCAAUUUCAAACUCCUCAAAGAGCUCCAUCCCGAUGCCGCUGAAUCAUUGGAUGCAUUCCGCAUUCAUCUGAAAGAAAUUGAAGAAUUAGCACCUUUAAAGCAGUGGCAGGUUCAGGAUCUCUCAUUCCAGGUAGCAUUAAAAGUUUCUGCUCGUGUUAGGCCCAAUGCAUACCUUCCGCGAAUUCAGUCCUUGUUUCGCACGCCAUUCUUUGUGUUUGUUGCUCCAAUCGUACGUUUAGCUAAUCGCAGAAAUUGA